GUUUCGAAUAUAAGGCUGGGCGCAGCAUCGACCUUUGGAUGGAUAAACACCCUCCGGACGACACCGUAACACGAGGUUACUACCACGCCGCCGGAACGCCGCCAUAUGCUCCGGAUACUUUUGGAACGAGAGGUUGCCGCAGUACUGCCGGAAGGACGACACUAGCUCGGGACAUCACUGGAAUUAGCCGAUGCCGACGUAACACGAGGAUUGCCGCCGCACUGCCGGAAUGCCGCAGUAUAGCAGCGUACAGGACGCUACAACACGAUACCACAGCAAAGGAUGACGCCUAUACGACGCCGCAGUUGAUGAUACACGAAACGCCGCAGAAAUCGAUGCCGCCACCAACUACAGUGUGCCGCACUAUUCCCGCCACAGGAAGUACUAUCACAACCGCCGCCGCAACAAGCCACACGGAUGCGCCACAGUAUAGGUUACGCCGCAAUGUAACACGAAGCGCGAAA